AUGGCGGACCAUGGCGGAGAGUACGGGUACCCGUACCCGCGCGUCGACCAGUACGGCAACCCAGUGGGGCCGGUCGACCAGUACGGCGUCCCCAUCCCGAGGGAGCCAAGCGAGCAGCCGGCGUACAGCUCGGGGGCCAACGCUCCGUCGUUCGGCGCUAGCGACGCGGGCGCGGUAGGCGUAGGCCUCGCCCCUGGCGAGACGACGGUGUACCCUCGCGAGGGCGUGGUAGCCGGCGCCGUUUCCCCGGGCGGCGCCACGCACACGCACACGCACACUCACGAGAGCGCGGUGAGCGGUGGCCUCGCCCCUGGCGAGACGACGGCGUACGCUUACGAGGGCAUGGUCGUCGGCGGCAUCGGCACGGGCGGCCAGAUCCAGCCAGUCAGGGAGGAGCACACGACGCUCGGCGAGACUUUGCGGCGCUCCGGCAGCUCUAGCUCUAGCUCCAGCUCGUCGUCGUCGGAGGAUGACGGUCACGGUGGGCGGCAGAGGAAGAAGAAGAGCCUCAAGGAGAAGAUCAAGGAGAAGCUCCCGGGCGGCCACAAGCAGGAGGAGCAUGCCAAGGCCGGGCAGGCGGUGCCGACGGCCGGGGCGGGGACGCAUGCAGCGGGGACGCACGAGAAGAAGGGCAUCAUUGAGAAGAUCAAGGAGAAGCUCCCUGGCCACCACUGA